CGUCAUUAUUAAUUGAUAGCACAAUAAAAUACAAAUAUUGUUAAUUUUGCAAAAAAAAUGAAGUGGUUUGAAGGUAGUAUCAAUGAAGCAGUGGCAACCUCAAAAUCCAGGAAAGCAAUUUUUGUCGUUUUUAUCGAAGGUAAAGAUGAUACAUCUGCACAAGUUGCCGAAGCAAUCAAUGCUACAGAAGUUUCUUGUCGCUUGGAACAAGAACAUUUUGUAGCAAUACGAUUAGAAAGUGGAUCUGAGACCUACAGAUUUUUUGCUCAGAUUUAUCAAUUGGUGCCUGUGCCAUCUUUAUUCUUUAUUGGUGAAAAUGGCACACCUUUGGAAAUUAUUGCUGGUAGCACGACAGCAAGUGAUUUAGCUACUAAAAUUGAUUUAGUCUUAACAAAAGUAGGAAAGAAUAAAAAUGCAUCUAUCAAUUUGAUAGAUGCAGAACAAAAAGCUGCUGCAACCAGUAUUAAUUCUAAUGAAAAGAUUGAAGAAGAUAAAAAAGAUGAUAACGUAAUGGAAUCAAAUGUAGAAGUACCAUUAGCUCAAUCUACACCAGAAAAUGAGAGUAAUAAUAUAAUUAAAGAUGAUAUUAAGGAAGAACCAUCUACAAGUUUAAAAGAGCCAUCAAAUUCAGUUAAUGAAACAAAGGAAACAUCUACUAAAGAAUUAACAGCAGAAGAAAAAAGAGCAAGAGCACAACAGUUAAUAAUAUUGCAAAAUAAACAACGUGUGGAAGAGGAAGAAAGAAAAGAAAGAGAAAGGGAAAUAGAGCGUCGCAAAAUUGGCCGUGAUGUACAAAAAUUGCGACAAAAGCAACAAGAUUUAGAAAUGAAACAAGCUUAUGAGGAAAGAAUGAGGGAAAAAGCUGCUGAUGCAGCAGCUAGAGAAAAAGUUUUACAACAAAUUGCUCAAGAUAAAUUAGAAAGAAAACAAAAAGAACUAGCAAUGCAACAGCAACAUGUUCAACAACAAUCUGAGUCAUCAGAACCAUCUGAGCCAUCAAUAUCAACGGCAACUGUCAGUAGAAUACAAUUUCGGUUGCCAUCAGGCAAUCCUUACAUCGCACAAUUUGAACCAACAAAUACUUUACGCGAUUUGCGUACUUACGUUGUUCAGAAUAUUAAUUUACCAUUCCGUCAAUUUGCGAUGUCCACCUCUUUCCCUAGACGGGAAUUAAUGCCUGAGGAUGAUGAUAAAACCCUUUUAGAAUUGGAAUUAGUUCCUACAGCGGUUAUCUUAAUUCUGCCUUUGAAAAACUCGAACGUGACAACUACUGUGACAUCUACACAAGAUGUUGGUAUUGUACCACGACUCGUAUGGUCCACUUUUGCAAUUUUCACAGCUGUGUACUAUUACAUAAUAGGUUAUUUUAGCGGAGGUAUACGAAAAAAUACAUCAAAGCAAUCAAGCAAUGCUAUUGAAAAAAAGGAUAGUAAUAAUGCAGGGGGAUCAAUUUCACCAAACAUUCAGAAUUUUGCCAGUACAUCAGGUUUAGUUAGAAGGUAUUUGGGUAAUCAAGGAAGUACAACCAUAAAAACUGAAGGGAAUAUACAUAGACUUCAAUCAGGUGGGGAUGAUAACGAUGAAAAUAAUACAUGGAAUGGUAAUUCAACGCAACAAAUGUAGAUUAUAAAUCAAUAAAGUUUUAACAGGCUUUACUAUUUCACUAAUCUUAGAUAUGCAACAAAAAUCUUCGAUUGAAAAUCGAAUUAUUUUGUUAAACUUUUAUACCUUUCUGUUCUCUAUUGCAUUACAAUCGAGUGUCAUUAUUACUACCAUAAUUAUGAUGAUACAAUAUGCUCGAGUAACGAAUCAUUUUAUUUAAAGAAAAAGUUUAUUUGUGUUGUAUGUUCACUGAAUAUCUAAUUUUUUAUAAUCUAACAUCACCUUAUUAAAUGUCAAAUCGAUAACUUUAAUAAGUUGCAAAGAAUAUAAGGACCAAAAAUUACAAUAUAACAAAUAAACUCGAAUACACAUCCCUAUAUUCGUAUAGAGAAUCAAAGAUUUUGUUAGUAUAUAUGUUUUGAGAUUUCUUAUGAAAUAAAAAUUAUUUUGUCAUAUCACAUUAAUCAACGUUAUGAUAUAUUUUUGGGUAACAAGAAUUGUACUAAGAAUAGCAACGAUGUUACGUUUUAUUUUAUGAUAAAAUGCAAAAUGUAUCAAUUAGAAGGCUUUUAUUCUGUUAAGAUAUGAAUAAAAAAAAAAUAUAUAUAUAUAUAUAUAUAAAAACAUCUACACAAA